GUGGCGGGCUCGCGUUUGUUGUCUCUUCCACAAAAAAGCGCGGCAACGGCAGCGGAGUGGGGUAUGCUGGGAUGGACAAACGCAGCAUGGCUGUUGAGUUUGACACGUGGCUGGAUAAACAGGACAAAGACACCAGCGCAAAUCAUGUUGGGGUAAACCUGAAAGGAAGCCCCUUCUCUGUGAAAACUGCUAACGUCUCAAAGGACCUGAACAAUGGGAGGAUGUACUUCGCAUGGGUGGACUAUGGCCCCGGGGAGUCUGAGAGCUUGAGGGUGUUCGUUAAUGCUUCCAACACCAAGCCGGACAACCCCUCGCUCUCCAUGAACCUCUCGCUCUGCGACCUCCUCCAGCCCACACCGAAGAAGAACUCGUAUUACUUUGGCUUUGUGGCGGCAUCACUACCCCGGCACGAGCAGGAGCAUCUCGUGGCAACGACAACCAUUGACAUAGGAUUUACUCUGCCCCCACAACUGCCUGAAGAUGGCAGAGCCACGGGCCUGGUUUUGGAUGUGGAUACAUUUAACCCCACGAUCGCAAGCCCGUUCACGCGCUACGUGAGCGUGGGAUACUCCCCAGCACAGGACGGGCAGGACUCGUGGAACAUCCCCACCUUAUCCACGUGGACCUUCGACUCGACCUGGGAGGCACCGGACCAAGGCGAUUGCAGCGACUGUUGGGCGUAUGCAGUGGUGGCGAGCAUAGAGGCGGCAUACGGCAUCGCCACCAACAACAAGACGUACCCGUCACUCUCCAUCGACUCCCUCUUCGAGAUCACCAGGAUGGCUUCCUGCGAGAGCGGCUCGCCCACCCUCGCCUUUCAGAAACUCGUUGCCUCUAAGAAGGGCCUUCGGAAUACCUCUUCUUGGGAUUCCUCCCCCUCCUCCUUAGCUUCCGUUCGCUCGCCCUCCUCUUCUCUCGUCGCCUGGUUAUUCAAAGCAGUGUGGCACAGUCCCUCUCUUGGCAAAGCCGCUCUUCCUCGUCGUCAUCGUGCAGCAGCAGCAGCAGCAGAAACCGGGAAUUACAUCGUGUCUGGGUUUGAGCGGACGGCAUUCAAGGGGUACUUUGGCCUCAUGCUUGCGGUGCGGCGGCAGCCAGUCGUGGUUCACAUCGAGGCGAGCGCCGCCUCUUUCGUCAAUUACAAUGGGUCGUUCAGGUACGACGAGCCAGAUUGCUACACAGGCAACCUCAACCACGUUGUACUCGUUACAGGCUACCUCCUCAUGGGCACGGAUAAGAACCGACCGCGCACUCUUUCACCCUUCUGGAGGAUCCGCAACUCGUGGGGCACGGAGUGGGGGGCGGAGGGGUACAUUCACAUGGGCAUAGCGCCAGGGGAGGGCAUCUGUGGCAUCAACGUGCUGCCUGGCAUCUACCCGAUCAUCAGAAAUUCGGAUGACCCCUGUAUGCGUGAGUCAUUCAUAACCGGCAACGGUGACGCGGUCAUGAACCCCUGUGGCAGCUACGAGUGCAUCGAAACCACAGAUGGCGCCUCCAACACCUGUAAAUGCAAGCCCCCGUUCGUCGAGGCCCUGAAUAACGAUGGCUCUCGCUCCUGUGCCUAUGUGGAUGUGUGCGGUGCCAGCAUGCAGAACCCCUGUGAGGUGGGCUCACGCAUCAACGAUGGGCACGGCAGGUACACCUGCAUCUGCCCAUCAACGCACAUGCUAGACACCACAAUCGAUGGCUUCCCGACCUGCACCAGAGGUUUUAGCACUGCUACCACCCUGACGGUGGCUGGGAGGAACUGGCAGUGUGCCGACGUGCAUUCUCUCUUCGGACUCACACUAGACGAGUUUAAACAGAAUAACGUGAAAAUUGACUGCUCGAAUUCGCUCCCAGAUAACCAACCGCUUAACAUGGCUAAGGCAAAUGUGGAUGCGUGCUCUGCUUUCUACUACACACUACCAUCGGACACCUGCUCUUCAAUUGAGAAGUUCCUCAAGUUAAGCGGCUCCUUGGAGAAGCUCAACCCAGGCAUUCAAUGCUUAAGCCUCGAUGCAUCCCGCUCCCUUUGUAUCGAGCGUAACUCGACAGCUUUGGGCCCCGUCCGCAAGUGCCAUAAGACUGCCAUAAUAACGAAGAUGGAUGACUGCACAAAUGCAGGGAAUGUCCCCGGGAGUGGUAUAACCAUGGUGGACCUGUACCGAAUGAACCCGGGGCUUGUGUGCGAUCCUGCGAAAGGCCUGAAGGGCGAUGCAAGUGGAAGCAUGAAAGUGGAGGUUUGUGUGGAUGCAGAAUAUGACGACUACUCUAUGGGUAAAUGCUCCGGGGGAGGCAAAUUGAAGUACUUUAAAGCUGACACACCGUGCGUUAGCCUUCUUGCCAGAGAAUUCAAGGGGAAGCGAGCAGAUUUCAGAGCUUUGAACAAGAGAGAGUGUGCCACCACUAUCGGGGGGAAGCCUCAAGAGCAUGUGGCUUUAUGCAUACCCUCUUAGCUCCCAAGUGAUCUUUGCGAUGUUCGUGGUGUUUGUUAUUGUGGACUUGAUGUUCAUGACAUGUGUGAUGUUUCGCUCUUCUUGAUAG